ACACCGUGCGAAACAAGGUAUCUCUUAGCGAAACGCGGCUAGUGCUGGCUCUGAGCCCACCUCCAGUGACAUUGACGAAUGUUUUGAAAGCCCUCUGUAACCCAAAUUUCUCGAAUAAAUUUCGAGCAAUUUUCUCUCUCUCCACUACCAUCCUGAUCUCUAACGGCCACCAUUGAUUCAACUACCCGCUCACAUUCUGCGCGAGGUUCCCCGCCUCGCCCCCACCCACCACCGUUUGCAGCUCUGGAAUCUCCCCAGAAUCCUUCCACAACAUCAGACUCCCUUUCAGUUCAUCGCAGCUCACAGACAGAGCUCGACGACCACGACCCUACGGUCAGUAGCAUUGGUGAUUCACCUUCCUUGCACAUCGACCUCGAAAGUCCGAGAGCUCGCAAGAGACCAAGGAUCGGUAGCCCCACUUCAAGUUCAUCUAUUCUUAAUAACAUCCCCCAUCCCCAUCUUAUUUCCUCACAUACGAAUUUGAACGCACAACCUUUGACUAUGAAGUUGACAGAAACUGAACAAAACUAUUUGUUAUCAAAGUCUCCCGAUGCUGGGUCUUCGAUCGCUGGCCCGUCUAAACCGUUUGGGUUGUCCGAAACAAACAUAGGCAAUGGACAUUAUUCGAACGGAAAGUCUUAUCUCUCUAACGGGAGCGGGUCAAAUUCUGCACAGGGCGGAGCAGGGGGGGCUAGUACGAACGGAGUCUCCCAGAAGCACGGAAAACCACCAGCCAUGGUGGCAAGAGUGGAUCUGCCGGGUGAUUCGUUGUAUCCGGAUGCGAAUGUACAUGUUAGUAGACAGGAAUUCGUGAGGUUGUUGCUGCAAGGGUUGCGGGAUGUGGGCUAUAUGGAGUCAGCCGCCACGCUUGAAGCAGAGUCGGGGUAUGUUAUGGAGGAGCCCCAAGUAAGAGGUUUUCGGGAGUAUGUGUUGCAGGGCAAUUGGGGAAAGGCAGAGGCGACGUUGAUGAGAAUGGGCACGGUGGAUGAGCAUGAAUUGAUGAAUGUUAAGCUUCUGAUAAGCAAACAGAAAUAUUUAGAGCUGUUGGAAGCCAAGAAGACCCAUUCGGCCCUCCAGGUUCUGCGGAACGAGUUAACGCCAUACAGUGCAGAUACAGACUUACUGCAUAGUCUCACAAGUCUGAUUAUGUGCUCGGAUCCAGAAGACGUUCGACGGAGGGCUGACUGGGAUGGUGCAUCUGGUACCUCUAGACUACAUUUAUUGAAUGAUUUACAAAGAUAUAUCCCCUCCUCUGUAAUGAUACCUCAACGACGAUUCCUUACCCUCCUCGAACAAGCUCAUUCGUACCAACUGCAACGGUGUAUCUAUCACAACCUCCCUGCCAAUCUCACACCAUUCUCUCUAUACACCGACCAUCAGUGUGAUAAGGUCGGUUUCCCUCGAACGACUACCAAUAUCCUGACAGGGCAUGGGGACGAGGUGUGGAAUAUAGAAUGGAGUCACGAUGGGACGUUUUUGGCUAGUGCAAGCAGAGAUAAGACUGCUAUCAUAUGGCGGGUGAAGGAAAACGGCGAAUGGGAGGAUUACAAGACGCUGCGAGAGCAUCCGUACCCCGUUGGGUGUCUUGCAUGGUCUUUGGACGACACGGCGUUACUUACGAGUUCGGAGAACUACAUCAAGUUGUGGGUUACAAAGACCGGUGUGUGUCUCCGAACGUUAGACGAACACACAGAAACCGUCACUGUCCUCUCGUGGCUGCCUGAUGGCUCGGGGUUUCUAUCCGCGGCUCUGGAUCGGAAGAUCAUACAAUGGGACCAUACUGGUUCGAGCAGUUCGUCCUGGGGUCCGACUCCCAUUCGAAUAACGGACUUGGCUGUGACACCCGAUUUAACUCGAGUUGUGACCAUCGGGAUGAAUCAGAUAGGACAGUAUCAUGAUCCUUCGUCUAGACGGGCUGCGAAUGGGACACCGCCGAAUCCGGCUGGUAAUGCGCAAGCGCCGACAGGGAUCAAGACAGAGAACCGAAUGGUGAUAUACGAGUAUUCGAGUAGGGAGGUUGAAUCGUAUGUGACUUUCUUUCCUUUUCUUGUUCGCAUCAUAAUGUUAUCGGGAACGAAUUUGCUGAACUUGCAGUCAUUUGGUCUUUUUGCCACUGCCGAAUGUGUGACCACUGACAUUCCAUUUUUUUACUUCCUCGGCAGGUCUAUACGUCUGGACGGGGAGCUUACAAGUGUCAAAGCAUCGCAAGACUCAACCUAUGCGCUGAUAAACCAUGCUCCCGAUGAAAUUCACCUUUGGGAUCUUCGUGAACAGAGAUUAGCACGAAAAUUCACGGGUCAGAAACAGGGACGACAUGUUAUCAGGAGUUGUUUCGGAGGGACUGACGGGAAUUUCGUGGUUAGCGGGAGUGAAGAUGGAAAUGUAUACGUGUGGCACCGCGACACGGGAACCUUGCUGGAAGUACUCUCUGGUCAUGGUGAGGGGAGUGUCAAUUCCGUAGCUUGGAACCCCAAGAAUCCGGGCAUGUUCGCUUCAUGUUCUGAUGAUCGGACGGUUAGGAUUUGGGAGGCUCCUCAAUCGGAAGUCGUUACAGAUUACUCGUAUGCACAUCCUUCGGAGUUGUUACACGGGAAGGGCAAAGGAAAGACGAAACAAGUUUGGGAUGGAGAAGGCGGAGGAGGACGAGGAACCAUGAAUUCAGAACGGAUGUGAAUUCUCUAUUUCUCAUUUUCGGUGCUGUACUGUUAUUUCUCUUGCUGCUACUGCAUUUUUGCAUCCCCGUAUUGCAUCAUCUGUUCAUGGAACCAUCGCUAUUACUCGCAUCAUUGUCCCAUUCUCGACAUUGGCAUUCAAGCUCGCAUCCCAUCUACCGUCUGUUUUUGGGUCGUAGUCAAUAAUCUCUUCUCUGUGUAUCGUCAAGUAGUUGUUCAUUCCCCAUCUCCAAUCCCCGUCCUGUGCAUUACUUUUUUCUUCAAUCCAACGCAAUCUGAAUAGCUUAGCAUCCUAUUAUCUAUAGUGGCAUUGUAUAAAGUUUUCCUUCCCCCCUUCCGCCCCCCUUUCCAUUCCUUUCCAUUUCCUUUCCGUCUUUUUUUUUGCUUUCCUUAUCUACCUAGCCACCGUGAACAAUACUUACAGCCCCUUCAGACCUUUAUCGCGAUUUCCGAAAUUCAUAUACGUAUCUCGAGCUAUUAGCAUACUUUGAAAGAGAUUAAUUUGCC